CAACACUAGUGGCUGACUUUACCCCUCAUCUCUCCGCUGCUGCUCUCCUCUCUGCACUCACUGCUGCCAAAUCAUCACUUCAGAAAAAACAAAUCGGCACCACUGCCCCAGUGGAGCUGAACCUUCCCAGAAGGUUCUGGUGCUACCUGCUCGAACGUGCUGUCAUCCAUCCAGAGACCCUCUGGGCCCACGUGUCAAAGGCCCAUUUGCUCACCCUUGCUGAUGUCAUCCACAAAGCUGAGCUGGCAGUGGCGGGGAAGGGUCGAUUUAAGGAUGAAUUUGUGACUGCAGGUGGUGUCCCUCUAAAGGAGGUGAAUAUUGCAACAAUGGAGAGCCGGCUCCUUAGCAACCUCUUUUUUGCAGGAGAGAUACUGAACGUGGACGGAAUCACAGGAGGCUUUAACUUCCAG